AUGGUGACCCACACAGAUUCUGAGCAAGUUGUCCCUGUCCAUGGGCGUGUGGUGAGUUUGGGAGAUCCAGAGAAGAAGUACACUGGAUGGAAACCUAUUGGCAGUGGGGGGUUUGGAACCGUUUAUAAGGCCUUCAAUGCUGCCACAGGACGAGCGGUGGCCGUAAAGCAAGUUAAUCUCCAGCAGCAGGGCUGCGAGGAUGUGUUGAAGGAAAUCCUGGUCAUGAAGGAAUAUAAGAACCCCAAUAUUGUCACCUACCUAGAAAGCUACCUUGUCAGUGAGGAUGUCCUGGUGGUGUUGGAGUAUAUGGAUGGAGGCUCCUUAGCUGAUGUGGUCAGCAUGAAAAGGAUGGCUGUAGGACACAUAGCAACAGUGUGUCGGGAGUGCCUGCAAGGCCUGGCUUUCCUUCAUGCCAACCAGGUGAUCCACAGAGACAUCAAAAGUGACAACAUCCUUCUGGGCCGGGAUGGCUCCGUCAAGCUGGCUGAUUUUGGCCUCUGUGCUCCGUUCAGCCCUGAGCAGAGUAAACGGAGGUCGAUGGUCGGGACCACUUGCUGGAUGGCACCCGAGGUGGUGAGAAGAGAGCCAUACGGCCCCAAAGUGGACAUCUGGUCCCUUGGCAUCGUGGGAAUAGAAAUGGCCAAAGGAGAGGCUCCUUAUAUUCGGGAAACCAGUGAGAGGGCUAACUACCUGAUAGGCAAGCAAGGCGUACCAGACCUGCACAAGCUCAGGCUGCCCUCUGGCUUGUGUGAAUUUCUGGGCUGCUGCCUGCAGAUGGAUGUGGACAGGCGAGGCUCUGCCAAGGAACUUCUGCAGCAUCCAUUUCUCCAGUCAGCGGAGCCUCUCUUAAACCUCUUCUGA